AUACAAGAAGGGUGACCGGUCCAACUGUAACAACUAUAGGGGGAUUUCGCUGCUAUCUCACGUACGCAAGGUCCACAUCAAGAUCAUCACCAACCGUCUAAGCGCCUUCUGCGAAGCCAACAACAUAAUCCCGGAGGAACAGUGCGGAUUUCGACCCGGGCGAUCCACCGUCGACAUGCUGUUCGUCGUGCGCCGCCUCCAGGAGCUGGGGCGGAGAAAGAAAAUACCGGUCUACAUGUUGUGCUUCGUCGACUUGAACAAGGCGUAUGAUUCGGUGGACCGAGAGAUGCUAUGGAAGGUGCUGGCCAGGACCGGGAUUCCCGCGAAGCUGAUCGAAGUCAUCCGCCAAUUCCACGAUGGAAUACGGGCCCGGGCGCGCAUGGACGACGGAGAACUAUGGACUGGUCCUUCGUGACACAGGGCGUGCGACAAGGAUGUGUGCUAUCCCCACUGCUGUUCAACAUUUUCUUCGCCGAGUCGAGGUCGUUGUAAUACGAUUCAGCGAGGAUGAUGUUGUUCUGCGGAGCCUGGUGUGCUUGGAGGAGGGGAACACGGAAGCGGGGAGGG